GGUAGUGUGUACUUUAUGUCUUGAGAUAUGCAGUGUGAGUCAUCUGAACAAUAGGAGGGCUACAUUGAAAGGCUCACAAUAUAGGCAUUCAGUGGUUUGUACCUUUCAUAGAAGAUCUGAGCCUAUUUUGUUGUUCUCAUGGGGAGUAUUGAGAAGCCCUUUAUAGCUUGUGUACACACUGGACAUUUACAAACACUGAUGAUAGUGCACACAUGACUGUUUUCUUUUCUUUGCACAUGAUAUUGUGUAAGCUGUAGGGCGUACUUUAUACAGGCUUUGUGCACGUUGUAUGUAUCCAUCAAUUAAAAUUCACCUCUGAUACUGACUCAAGCAUUCCUUUUCUUCAAUGCUGUACUGUAACCAUAGUUUCGUUGACGGAGAUUGAAGGAGAAAGUUAUACACCAUGGAGCAGGCAAGGUACUCUAACCAACAACAGCCUGUGAACCCACAACAGAAAGGGUAUGGCGGUCCAGGGCUUCAAGACCUGCCAAAGCAAGACCCCAUGCAGAAUACCAUGGAAUGGCAGCAUCAUGGCUAUGGUAUGGAUUCAGGAUUUCAGAGCAGCGCCACCUCACAUGCGCCGUCAGUGAGCAGCAAGUCCCGCCAUGAGGACGGUGGUGAAGAAGCCCAAGGUCAGGGGAUGUUUGACUGGGAUGCUGGCUAUGGUCAAGCUUACACACAGGAACAGGUCGAUGAGAUGAACCAGCAACUCACACAGACACGCUCUCAGCGUGUGAGGGCAGCAAUGUUCCCAGAGACCCUGGAAGAAGGUGUUCAGAUCCCAUCCACUCAGUUUGAUCCUGCCCAUCCGACUGCCGUACAGCGUCUCUCCGAACCCUCCCAGAUGCUGAAGCAUGCCGUUGUCAACCUGAUCAACUACCAGGACGAUGCUGAUCUGGCUACCAGGGCCAUCCCAGAGCUCACCAAGCUCCUAAAUGAUGACGACCUGGUUGUGGUAAACCAGGCUGCCAUGAUGGUCCACCAACUGUCCAAGAAGGAGGCCAGCCGACAUGCCAUCAUGAACUCCCCUCAGAUGGUUGCAGCUCUGGUCAGGGCCAUGUCCAACAGCAACGAUGCUGAGACCACAAGAUGUGCUGCUGGCACCCUGCACAACCUGUCCCACCAUAGGUCGGGUCUCCUCCAAAUCUUCAAGAGUGGUGGCAUCCCGGCCCUCAUCAAGCUCCUCAGCUCGCCAGUAGAAUCUGUUCUUUUCUAUGCCAUCACAACCCUCCACAACCUGCUGCUUCACCAAGAAGGCUCCAAGAUGGCCGUUCGUCUUGCAGGAGGCCUGCAGAAGAUGGUCGCUCUGCUCUCCCGUAACAACCCCAAGUUCCUGGCCAUCACGACUGACUGCCUUCAGAUCCUGGCCUACGGAAAUCAGGAGAGUAAGUUGAUCAUCCUGGCCAGUGGUGGGCCAGCAGCUUUGGUUCACAUCAUGCGUACCUAUGAAUACGAGAAGCUUCUGUGGACCACCAGUAGGGUUCUCAAGGUACUCUCCGUCUGCCACAACAACAAACCAGCCAUCGUUGAAGCAGGAGGUAUGUCAGCCCUUGGGCUCCACCUUGGACACCACAGCAACCGAUUGGUCCAGAACUGUCUUUGGACCUUGAGGAAUCUCUCCGACUGUCAUCGUGGAACUGAUGACAUUGAGCCCCUCCUUCAGAUGUUGGUGCAGCUCCUCGCAUCCAACGACAUCAACGUGGUGACCUGCGCUUGUGGUAUCCUCUCCAACCUGACCUGCAACAACACCCGCAACAAGAUGAUAGUCAGUCAGAUGGCCGGUGUUGAAGCCCUGGUGCAGACUCUCAUGAAAGCUGGAGACAGAGAGGAAAUCACAGAACCAGCAGUAUGUGCCCUACGUCAUGUUACCAGCCGCCACCCCGGGGCUGAGAUGUGUCAGAAUACUGUCCGUCUUAACUAUGGUAUCCCGGUCAUUGUCAAGCUCCUUCAUCCUCCAUCAAGAUGGCCUCUGAUCAAGGCCACCGUUGGAUUGGUUCGUAACCUAGCCCUCUGCCCUGCUAACCACGCCCCAUUGAGAGAACAAGGUGCUCUACACAGAUUGGUUCAGCUUCUUAUGAGAGCUCAUCAAGACACACAGAGGCGUUCCUCGAUGGGUAGCACUGGUAGCCAGGGUGGUAAUUAUGCAGAUGGUGUACGUAUGGAGGACAUCGUAGAAGGUACUACUGGAGCACUUCACAUCCUAGCCAGGGACUCCCAUAACAGAGCCCUCAUCCAGGGUCUCAACUGUAUCCCUCUCUUCGUACAGUUGCUUUACUCCAACAUCGAGAACAUCCAGCGUGUGGCAGCAGGUGUGUUGUCGGAGCUUUCUUUGGAGAAACAGGGUGCCGAGAUGAUUGAGCAAGAGGGCGCCACUGCACCCCUCACGGAGCUACUACACUCCAGGAAUGAGGGAGUUGCUACCUACGCUGCAGCCGUACUGUACCGUAUGUCAGAUGACAAGCCUCAGGACUACAAGAAGAGGAUCUCAGUGGAACUUGGUAACUCUCUCUUCAGAGGUGAUUCUGUACCAUGGGGUGAUCCUCUUGAUAUGCCCUCUGAUAACCAGAUCCUCCCCCCUAGCUCAAUGGGAGGGCAUCCAUCGGAUCCUGGUUACCCUCAACAUGGUAGCGUACAUAGCCUUCAUAGCAACCAUGGCGAAUAUAGGCAGCCCCCACCCCCAAUGCAGGGCUAUCAUGAUGGAACUGGACCCAUUGAGCCUAUGAUGCAGGACCUGGACCUCGGAGGGGGCGGAGACUUUGGCAUGGAUCCCAGCCUGCCCGACAUGGGACCGCCAUCAAACGAUUUGAACCUUGACAGCAUCCCACCCGCGGACAACACCGGCCUGGCGUUCUUCGACACCGAUCUCUAAGCUGCAUCGGGCUAGACAACCCAGGGGGUGUUUCACAAACCAUUCAAAGUGAGUCAUGCUUAAAUGCUAGUGUGCACAUGAUAUUGAUUGCGCAAUCCUACUGAUGACUAUGCAGUAGCGUGCUGCCCAUGAACAUCAUCUCACACAUGUGAGUCAUAUUUAAUUCUUUGUGAUUAUUGUGAAACACCCCCGGGAAUGGUAUAAACAAGCAAUUUUUUUUUUUGCUACAGAGGAAGGUUCAGCAUUGGUUCUGUCUGUGAGAACUGGUUACGUGAUUGAUAACAGCCCAAUGCAUUUUCCUGUGUGUUACAUCCAUAUGCAGGUGAAUCAUCGUGUACAUAGAUUGCUUGGUAUAUAAACUCUCUGGAGUAAGAUAGUAUUUUGUGAAACUUCACAGGUCUGAAGAUGUUUUCACUCCAAGGAGUAUGGUACACCUUUGAAUUGUAAAUGGGUUAUUGAAUUAGGAAACAAAUCAAAAGAAAUCCAUAAAUUCUCAUCUUUAUUCAUAAAAAUGCAACUUACACAAAUGGAUUUAUUGAAUUUCAUUUUCAGGAAAAGCAAGGAAACAAGAAAUUUCAUCAUUCAGUUUUAAUUAAUGAUUGAUUAAGGAGACGGGCGUUUAUUCAGGCAAAUUCAGUACUCGUUGAAAAAUUUAAACUUUUUGUGAUAACAUGUGGGCCGAAUGUUUUUAAUUGAAGUCAGAAUGAUUUUAGUUGCUCAAAUCAAUAACGUCACUCUUUUUACUCUACAUGUAUUUAGGUUUUGUUCUGCUUAUUCUACCAGUUAAUACUUAUAAAUGUGAUAUUAUGUGCAAAAAAUUAUUCUUUGAAAGUUGAAAAGGUGAAAACAACCAUUCUAUAAAGGGCAAAAAUGUGAAAAUAGUCAUUCUUUAAAAGGCAACUAUGAAAAAACUUUGAAAGUAAUUCGAUUGAAAUUGGAAGGAAUCAUUUUAAACCAAGUGGGAUGAGCAUGAAAUCCCCCUGGAAUAUGGAGGUUUUGAUAGGGUCAGUGCUAACGCUAUGCAGUAGGGGGCAUCUGACUAUAUUACUGGUGACCUACUGAAAAGUGUCCUUUCCUAGGGACCUUGUCAUAGUGGUGGAGCAGUAGUCGGUCUUUGCCUUCCAAAAAUGCUGCCCAGUGGUUCUAGAGUAGGGCUGGAUAGUUUCACUGCAUCCCUUCAAAUUCAGUAAUGAUUCUUGAAAAGCUAAGGAUUUUCAAAAUGGGAUUUUAACAGAGGGGGAGAUGACAAAGAAGGAGAAAACUCACCAAUUUUCUUUAUUUUGUACGUUGUGUGAUUCUCACCAAGUUCAAACUUUUUUUUCUUUUUUAAAGAAACUUUCAUCAUUCAGUUUCACAUUUGCAAUGUCACUUCAGUGACACUUUUAUCUGGCCAAAUAUACUGUUAUGACAAAAAGUUGGUUAUUGGGCAAGGGCAUGAUAAUAUUUACGCCAAAUAAUGCCGCAACAGAAGGUUUGAUGCAAAUUCAAAGCUGCCUGCUAAUGUAUUCAGGAAAAUAAUUUAAUCGACCAACCGUAUGCAUGGAUUUGAUACUGUUAUGCAUAAAUUUCCAAAGUUGUAUUCUAGUUAGGUAUUCACAUUUUUCAGAGCACAUUGUUGUAUUCAUUCUUUUAUAUUGACCUAAAAGAGGAGAAACAGGCGGAAGUUUGUUGCUAGUGGUAGAUAUUUAUUGACUGUGUAAGGAGACACGUUGGCCAUUAUUCAUUCAAAGUGACCUCCUUGUUUGGAGUUACUUAUUAACAUGACAAUAUUAUGUUCUGCUGAAUUUAAUAUUAUUUGGGGUUCACAUUCUUGAUGAAAAAUCAACGAAUUACUCUCCAUAUAAUGAUAGUUUAGAAGGAAAGAAGACUUUGUGCAGAUUGCAGAAGAUUAUGAAAAGAGUUUCUCAUUCAAGUAAUUCAAAAUUCAGAUGAAUUGAGGCAUUAUGCCCCUGUGGUAAAAAUGGGUUAAGAUAGACCACCUCUUUUGAUUAUUUUUCUAAAAUAAUUAUGUAAAUAACAAAAGCAUAUUCAUGAUCUUCCCUCCACACUUUUUCAGAAGUGAGUGGAGUUGGAUUAUGCAAACCAAAUUACAAUUUAGGACUAGCUCCUCAUCGGGUUGGGUUAUCUACAAGGAAGGGUAUUCAAGGAUCAAAAUCUGUUUCGGUGUAUUUAUCAUGAUGUACAUAUCCAUUCUUACAUUUGUGAAUAAAAAUAUUGAAUGCGUAAAAAUAAUUUGAUGAAUUUGAAGAAAAAAAAACAAUGAUUUGUAUUCAAAUUGUAAAUUUUAUCAUGACUCUAUGGAGCUGUUUUUAAAUAAUAUAAUGUAUGUAUUCAACUCUCCUUUUGCUAUUUGAAUUUCAAUGAAGUGAUUCGUAUCCCAAUUUGACAUGGGGCUUUUGUAAACCAAGCUGGAAGAUUUAGGCAAUUUAAAAAAUCAUGUUGCAAAUAUAUUACAGAUAUGAUAUUCGUUAGGUCUGGGAAGCAUUUCGUGAUACGAAUGGUGACUUGCGCUGACUAUUGCUAUAAGCUACUAAAAUCCUCGAUUCUGAUUGGCUUAGAGCAAAUUAGUCAGUGAAAAUCACUGGCAAAACCUUCAAUGAAACACCCCCCCCGGGGUUUUUAAGCAUUACAAUUUUCAAUGCGAACUUUUUGUUUUCUUGUUAGUUAGUCGAUCAUCUUCUAUGUUUAUGUGAAUUAUGUUUGAUGCGUUGUCUUUAGGUUGUACUGAAAUUGAGUGUUUUCAUUGUUCUUUUUUAAAAACUUUUUUUAUUGUAUAAGCAAUCUUAGCAGAAACGAACCUCCUGUAGCAUUGCAGAUAGCGGAUGAAUAUUGAAUAAUAUAUGAUCGUUAUAGAGGAGUCGGAUGUAUGUUAUAGAAACUUGUAUAUACAGAGCAAGUGGAUCCUGCUUUACUCAAAUAAGUUUGUAAGAUGACGUAAUCAGCGCCAGCUUUGAAAAUAACCACCUGAACCUUCUCUUCCUCUAUGACAGAAAAAUAAUAAAAAUAAAAAUAGAAAAUAUACCCCAAAAGAAUAUUUUUAUAAUCUUCCAUACGAUGUAAUUCUAUCUGCUGGCAUUUAGUAUACAGAUUAACAUGUAUUAUUAGGAAUGAUAUGCAGAUCAAUUUGUAUAAAGGAGGUACUAAGCGGUAGCGACAGUAAUCAAACAGUAUUAGUGCACUUGCUUUUAUUAUUUUUUUCUUCAAUUAUUUAUUUUUAUCAUCAUGUGUAUUCAAAUGUACAGUUGUAUGGGGUUGUAAACUAUACUGUAUUAUUGCACCAUUUAGAGACUACUGUUUACAGCAUGGCAAAGAAGUGUCAAUCAACGCAACCAUGAUUUUGAAAUUGCCUUCUUUUUAAAAGAAAUUAAACUGAUUCUUCCGGUUGUAUUCAUUCGAACCACUUGCUUGUUUCAAGUCAAGUACCUAAUAAUUCAUGAAGAAAAAUAAUCUUUUGCAUGGUAUUUGUUUGGCUUGUAUAUUUUGUUUAAAAAACAAGACUGCCUUUCAAAAAAGUGUGGUUUAUAUGCACAUGUGAUCAACGUGAAAAUAUCCCUCAAGAUCCAUGAACGAAUACUGCCUUUGCGUGUUCAUUAAAAAAAAACUUAAUCAACCAUUGUUAACCAGCCUCUAUUGCACAACAGUUUUACAUUUUCCUUCAUUGAAUAUAACAUAUAUCACACUGAACAGAUAAAAUGAACUACAUGGGCCCGUAUUCUGAAGUCGGGUUUAACUUAGACCAUGGUCUAACUUUGUGCUAAAAUUAUGGAAAGCCAAAAAUGUCAAAAUUUUCCUUACAUUGUAUGUUAUGUUUACUAUACUCUUUCCCAACUCGUGAAUGGUGAAAAAAGGCUAUCUUAUUUAUCUUUUUGAAACAGUUAAGAAUGAUAUGAGAAAAUUGAGCUGAUGCAUUGAAAUUAUACUGCUAGAGAUUUAUGCCACUAUUGGCUAUCCAUAGUUAAACCACAACUUCAGACCAGACUUUAAACCCGACUUCAGAAUACGGGCCAUAGUGGCCAAGUACUAGGAGUUGUUAUGGCUUGUACCAAAUUUUGUAUGUAGAGAGCAUUCCCCAGUACUAUUAUCUUUAUUUAAAUCCCCAAACCCAUUGUUACUUUGAACUGUGUAUGUACCCAAGCUCUUGUAUAUUGCACUAAUAAUGCGCUUGUAAGUUUUUAGUAGAAUAAAUAAUGCAGAUUCAUUGUGUA